CAGCGCGCCGGGUGCGCGGUCGCCAUGGUAACCGCGGAAGCGGGCCGGGGAGCGGUAUUUUUGGAGUUAAUGGAGUCAGAAGGACCCCAAGAGUCAGUGAGUUCAGAAAAAUCAAUGUUUUUUUCACAGCAAGGAGAAGAUGAAGAAGAAGAAGCCCAAGAACCAGAGGAAAGAGGUGCUACGAAUCCUCUCUUACAACCUGCUCUCACAGGGGAUGUAGAAGGUUUGCAAAAGAUUUUUGAGGAUCCCGAGAAUCCUCACCAUGAACAGGCCAUGGAGCUACUCUUGGAAGAAGACAUCGUUGGGAGAAAUUUGCUGUAUGCAGCUUGCAUGGCUGGGCAAAGUAAUGUUAUUAGAGCUUUGGCAAAAUAUGGUGUGAAUCUGAAUGGAAAAACUGCCAGAGGGUACACACUCUUACACUGUGCUGCAGCCUGGGGUCGUUUGGAAACUUUGAAAACUCUAGUGGAACUGGAGGUCGAUACAGAAGCUUUGAACUUCAGGGAAGAAAGAGCCCGAGAUGUUGCUGCUCGGUAUGCCCAGACCGAGUGUGUCGAAUUCCUGGACUGGGCAGAUGCAAGGCUGAUUCUGAAAAGAUACAUUGCAAAGGUCUCUUCAGCCAUUACUGACCCAGAAAAGGGACCAGGGAAGCUCCUUAAGGAAGACAAGAACACUGUUCUCAAUGCAUGUCGUGUAAGAAAUGACUGGUUGGAAUCCCAUUUGGAAGCUUCCAUUAAUGAGAUUUUUGAGCAGAAACAACAACUGGAAGAUAUUGUGACCCCUAUUCUCACAAAAAUGACUAUGCCACGUCAAGUGAAAAGUGGCAAAUCGUAAACCUAAGCUAUGGUCAGAAGACAAGUCAAGAUUAAACCUUCUAUGGAACGUAAUAUUUUAGAAAAGGCCACAGUUGCUUCUAGUAUCUGAAGAGACAAACCUACGAUGCCCAUUAAAGUUAAGAAAGUAGAUGUGAGAUUUUAUAAAAGUGUUUAGGUACAAUAGUAGACCACCCUUGUUUUGUUUGGCCUGUUCAGCAUGUUUAUGCCCGGCCCCAUGUGAGUUGCAUGCAUUCCCUCAGGAAAGCACGGUGGCUAUAAAUCACUCACAGAGACUCUAUGGAGGUUUUAAAAACUACCUAGAAAAUCUAGUAUUUUUCUUUGUAAUUGAAACAUCCAUAAAAGAAGAUAUAUUUGGCUGUUUCCAGAGGACAAGUUUGUUCUCCUUCUGUAAAAGGAAAUCUUACACAGUGACAUUCUGGAGCAAGGAAAUAUUAAGAAUUGUUUGGAUCGGGGGCCUCUGCUUACAACUGUCACUCUUUAUAUGCAAAUUAAAAUUCACCUAUAAGGUGGGAUUUACGUGUAGUCUUUGAGCAAACCACCUGUUAAUCUUUAACCUCUUUCUAUCUUUAAAUUAAUAAACACAAAUCUGUAUCAUUUUAUACUCAUAUUUAGAAGAGUUCUCUUAUUCAGUAGGUUUGACAAUACAGAUCAGUGUUUUUCAACCUUUUUUAUCUCACAGCACGCUUGUACCUAUAGUUAGACUUCGAUGGCACACUUAAAUUAUGUUGAUCAAGAAAAAAGUAAAGAAGAGAAUAUACUUAACACGCUUUGAACUUCUUUUGAAAAUAAUUAAUGAUCUUUAAAAAUUUUCAUGGCACACCUAAGAUCCUCUCAGCAGCACACCAGUGUGCCACAGCAUACUGGUUGAAAAUCACUGGUAUAGAUAUUGUAACUGGAUUCCAUAGAAUUUUUCUCCCAUUCCGUUUUAUAUUUUCUGGAUUUUUGUUUGUUUGUUUGUGACAGAGUCUCACUCUGUUGUUGGGGCUGGAGUGCCAUGGUGUCAACCUAGCUCACAGCAACCUCAGACUCCUGGGUUCAAGUCGUCCUUUUGCCUCAGCCUCCUGACUGGCUGGGACUUCCUACAGGGGCCCGCCACAAUGCCAGGCUAAUUUUUUCUAUGUUUAGUAGAGACGGGAUCUUGUUCUUUUUCAGACUGGUCUCAAACUCCUGAGCUCAAGCCACUCUUCUGCCUUGGCUUCUGAGAGUGUUAGGAUUACAGGAGUGAGUCACCCACUUGGCCUAUUUCCUAGGUUUUAAAUGCCAUUAUUGGUUUCAUGUUGGUGGUUUGGAGAGUCUUUUUUUUUUUUUUUUCUAAUUUAUUAAUCAAACUUCUGAGCCUUCUAUUACUUUGUGACUUUAUAGAAAAGUUUUGCAGAAAUUAAACUGUUUUAAAAAAAGCAUUUAUUGUUUGUUCUUAUGAAUUUCUCUCCUUUGUCCUGUUCUGACCAGUCUGAAAAGCUAGUUUUUCUUUAUGGGGGGAAGGAAGACAAAUGAGUAAUUAGUAAUAACUUGUCAGUUGACUUUUUUCUCAACCAUGGUUUUGAGAUGACCCUGCAUUAGAUGUCUUGCACAUUUUUAAGUUUAGAUACUUUUUUCUUUUUUUUUUUUUUUUGGAUUUAGGCCAGGGCUAGGUUUGAACCUGCCACCUCUGGCAUAUGGGACCGGCGCCCUACUCCUUGAGCCACAGGCGCCGCCCUAGUUUAGAUACUUUUUUAAUGUAUGAACAAUUCAAUUUCAGUUUAAGCAGAAGAAUAGUACAUACAGUAACUCUCACCUCCUCUCUGGUAUAUCCAGUGGGUCUUUAUGUACAAGGAAGAUCUGUGUUUGUUCCAUUCUCUUAACAUAUAGUAUAUUAUGGGAAGUCUGGUGUCCUUAAAGGAAAAAGCCAGGUGCCAUUUCUCUUGUCUACCCUAACCCUGCAUCUGAGUUAUCUUGAGUACAAUGUUACUUUCCAGAUGUGUGUUCUGAGUAGAGAGGGAUUCCUCGAUCUCAUUUCAAAGAUUCUUAAAUAAGACUGUGCCAUUUCUGGAGAUCCUCUAGUAUAGAAUAAACCUCUCUUUUCCUCUUUAUUCAUCUUUCAAUCCUUAUCUUCGAACAUUUGUAGAUUUUGAUACAUGUCUUGAUGUAUCAAACUUUUCAACUUGUAUUGGCUCUUCAUGCCAAUCACAAUUCCUAUACUUUCCUUUUUUUUUGGAUAGGAAGUAGGAUUUAUUAUUGGUAGGCACAAUUGAUAGGCAGCGCAGUGUAAGUCCUCAUGAGUGCAGGGCCUGCCACUUGUCCAGGGGGCCAUGCUUUGGGAUGUAUUUGACCCCACAGCCAUCUGGGAUGAGCUGCUUCUCAGCCACCAUGUCUUCAAAUUCAUCUGAGUUAAACUUGGUAAAACCCCAUUUCUUGGAGAUGUGAAUCUUCCAGCGGCCAGGGAACUUGAACUUGGCCCUGCGAAGGGCCUCAAUCAUAUGCUCCUUGUUCUGCAGUUUGGUGAGGAUGAAUGUGAUGACUUGGUCAAUGUGAACUCUGGCCACAGUGCCUUGGGGCUUUCCAAAGGCACCACGCAUGCCUGUCUGGAGCCUAGACUGGGGACAGCACAAGGUCUAAUACAUGAACAUGUAUCAGAAAAGAAUGUCUCCAAGCUCCCUUAGAGCAACUUAUGCAAGCAACAGGCUGCAUAUACUGCCAAGGAGGCUGCUGUUUGCAGCCAUUGUGCACCAGGCCCCCAUGAGGAAAGGAGCAUGAUUAGCUUAAUUAGCUGCAGGCCUAUAUUUUAUUAAACCUUUUUUCUUUUUCUUUCUUUCUUUGUUUUUUUUUUUUUUGAGACCGAGUCUCACUAUGUCACCCUCAGUAGAGUGCUGUGGCAUCACAGCUCACAGCAACCUCUAGCUCCUAGGCUUAAGUGAUUCUCUUGCCUCACCUGUCUGUCUCUCCAUGUGAAUUGUGAGCUUUUUGAGGGUAGGGACUUUGUCUUCUUUGUGUUCAUAACUAAAGAGUUCAUACAUUGGUAAUUUAGUAAACAAUAGUUGAAUGAAUUCUCAUUUAGUGCUAUAUUAUACAUAGAACUCAGUUCCUCUUCAUUCAUUAAUAGAACUUGUUCACCUUUAUAAAAAUGACUCCCAAACCUUAUCUCCACAUCUUACCCCAUUUCAACUUCUAUUCCCCCAGCGGACAAGCCAGAUACACAUCAAACAUUAUGACUUUAUGUCUAGUUUCUCCUCUGACCUAAUUUCAUGUUACUUUUUAAUAAUUAUCAAUGGAUUCCUGGACCUCACUUCAAAGAUAACUUUGAUAUGAGGAUCUGAACAUUUAUUUCUAUCUAUAGAUCUACAACUUUAAUCUGUUUUGAGAGAUAUAGUACAUUGUUACCUAUUUUGGAUUGAAUUAUAUACACAGAGGGUAACAAAAAUGUAUAUACAUUUUAAGAAAGGAAAAACUGUAUUAAUAUUGUAAUACUCAAGUCACAUUUGACUUCUGCAAUUAUAAAGAGAUACAAGAUAUAAGAUAACAAACAUUAUUGGUGUAUAUUGAGUAUUACAAUUUUAAUACAGUUUUUUCCUUUCUUAAAAUGUAUAUACAUUUUUUUGGCACCCUCUGUAUAGUAAUAGGAGAGUUAAAAUGCCCUUAAGCUUUGAAUGUGAGCUGUUACACAGGUAGCUGUGUAGCUUUUUCUGAAAUCCACAGAGUAAUUACUAUUUACCAGUCAAAGUGCAUACUGAUAAAUCAAGAAGGUCUGCACAUUAUUUGGGAGUCAAUAGUAGUCAAUCAAAGGUUAAAGUCCAUGGUAUAAUAACUUUUACACAGUGGUUAUUUAGAUUUUUGUAUUUUGUUGACCAGAAAAUGGUAAAAAAAUAGAGGAGAUUGAUAUGACAUUAUUAAGAAAAUAGCUACCACCUACUGUCACUAUCAUUUAUUAGAAGACCUUUUAACACCAGAAAAGAAGGGAUGAUAUGAUCUCACUGUAAGGCUUUACCCUUUAAGUUGAAUAAAUUAACCUUUAUUAUAGAUCUGUUAUAUUUAUUUUUCCAUGUAUGAUGGAACUUUUGUCAUGAAUCAGAAUGGCCUAUGGUCCAGCUUGAGAGCUUCUAAGCUCAGGUCAACUAUUUAGGUUGACUUGAUGCCCCAAAGUGUAAAGAACUGAUGCUCACCCAGUGUUGUGUCUUACAUGUGGUAGAUUGUAUUUUUCAAGGUGGCCAUAUCUCUCAUCCUACAUUCUCUUCUUACAAUGUGGUCAUGGUAUUUCUCACAUAGAGAGGUGAGUCUCUACUCUCUCCUCUUGAAUCUGGGCAGGCUCGUCACUACAGUGGAAAUGACUGCAUGUGAUUUCUGUAGCUAGAUCCUCAGGGUGACAUGGCCUCUGCCUAACCAGGAAAGAUGCUUUCUUUUGAAAUGUUUGCUUCUUGAAAACCAGCAUAUGAGGAGAGCCACAUGGAAAGGAAGUGAGGCCCCAGCCCUCAGUCCAGCUGAGCUCUAGCCAGCAGUCAUCCCUAGCUGGCCAACCAGAGGAGUGAGCCGUCUUGGAAGUGGAUCCUCCAUUCGAGUCACCCCACCUGAUGCUGUAUGGAGUGGAGAUAAACAAGCCUUCUCUGCAGAGCCCUGCCAAACUUGCAGAUUUGUGAGCUAAAUAAAUGAUUGUUG